GCUGCAGCUUCUAUUUGACAAUGAAUUGCGGAUUGCUGAUCUCGCCAUUGCAAGACUUGAUCAUCCAUCCGCUGUGCUAUUUGGAGUUCGAAAAUCAAACUCCAUGUUCAUUCGGCUCCUUGUCCUCGCAUAUGCGGUUAUCUUAAUAGUUUAAACCAAGCUAUAUCCUCCACCUUGCCUUCAAGGACAAUGCAACUCCUAAUUCAUUAUCGUCCUUGACCUUCAGUAGAAUUUUACCUUCAAGCCGAUACGAAAUCAUCCUAAAAAAAGCUGGAAUGAAAAUGACUUUGGUGAAGUGACUUCCUGACUCAUUGAUGAUCAUGAUGCUUCUUUCGCAACACAAAUUUUCAUAUUAGAUAGUGGGUCCCCUAUCCAUCUUCUUGAUAACAACUACGUGAACGUGCACAACAAUAACAAGAUACUUUUGGGAUGUUGACGAUAACAGUACUACAUUUCUAGAAAUUGAACAAAUAGAACUACAAGUCGCAUGAUAGUAUGGUAAAAUUCGCCUUGAUGUUGGCACCAUCUGCUUCUAAAGUAUUUUCGGGAGAUUGAACCGACACCGUUGGUAAAAAUAGUGCAUGCACCCUCACAUCGACAUCUUCAUCAUUCAGUAGGAACCUAAUUAAUUUUGAUGAAUAAGAGUUGCAUAUUGUUCAUCCCGGUGUAGUGGAAAGGAACUGGACGAGUCAUGGUCCAUGAGAGCGCAGGGUCGGAAUGCGAUUACCUUCUCGGAUAAGGACAAGCUCAUAAUUGCAGGUUGUGUACUAGAACAAAGACAAGCGGUUGUACUAGAACAAGAUGCCAGCUCUUGUCUCUUAUGGAUGAUGAUCAUGAUGAGCAAAGCAAAGAUAAUUAUCUAACUGUAGUGAUCAUGCCUUCGCCUUGGCCUUCGGAUUCGACGAUUCAUAAAAAAAGGAUGCCUGAUGCUGAUAUCGUUCCUAUUCAUAAAAGAAACAGCGAGUACAUGUACAUGAUCAUCAUGCUUGGUCUUGUAUCCAACUUCUCUUCAUCAUACAAUCAACGUCACUUCGACUUCUUCCUCAUACAUAAUACUAGACUUAAGCGCCCGACAGCUCUGCCUUCACUAGAAUCCUCCGCGACCUCCUUCAAGCGCUUCCUCCAUCAGUGCGCGCCUCCUUUGCUGCUCUUCAGCCUGAUCAUGGUGCUGACCUGGCGGAGAUGAUGCGCGGGAGAGGAGUCGGAGCAGAGACGCCGAGGCAUUUAAAAGACCAAAGCGCACAGUCAAGCUCUUGGAGGCGAAUUUUUGGAGUUUCUUUUUUUUUGGAUAGAAUUAUAAUUAUUUAAAGUUCUCG